AUGGGUCAGUACGGAUUUUUAAUACCGGACAGAUACGUCCGUGAAGUUCCUGGCGAGGUCGACAUGAAUACAGCCAGCAUAUUCUGGGGCUUUUCUCUAGGCGUCGCAGUGUUCUCGGUUGCCAAAGCAUCGGAGCAGAGCUGGAGGGCAUGGAAAAGGCGUCGACGUGUCACGUCUUAUGUCGCCAUGAUCUGGGCGGUUUGGUUCAGCAGUAUGGUCCUUGGAUGUUUAGCUUGGGGCUUCCAGCGGCAAUACAUAGAUCCCAGCUUUGGCUUCUACUUUUCUGUUGCUCUCUUUUGGGCACUUCAAGUCCAAUUCUUACUUCAAAUCAUCCUGAAUCGUCUCGGCCUCUUGAUGGUUGUUCCCGGCCGAGCCGCACGUCUCAAAUGGAUCGUAUUCGCCAUCAUCUUGGCAGUCAACAUCAGCGUGUUCAUCAUCUGGAUGCCAGCGCGCCUACAAAUCAAUGACCAAUGGAUAUGGCUGAAUAAUAUCUGGGAUAGAUGUGAGAAAGUCAUCUUUGCUCUAGUCGAUGGAGCUUUGAAUGCAUACUUCAUCUACCCCGUCCGGUCGAGGCUUAUUGAGAAUGGGUUGACCAAGUACAUCCCUCUCUAUCGGAUGAAUCUGUUUCUAAUUUUUGUGUCUCUUUCAUUAGAUGUUGUUCUUGUUGGUCUCAUGUCUUUGCCAAGCAGUCUGGUUUACCUCUCGUUCCACCCAGUGUGCUAUCUCCUAAAACUCCAGAUUGAAAUGAAAAUGGCCGAACUCAUCACAAAGAUUGUGCGUUCCUCUGGAGCAACAGGCAAAGACAACUACCACCAGUCCAGUGCAAACUAUGCAAGAAGCAUGGCAACACAUACCAUAACCAAGCCGUCGGCCACCCAUUCACAUUCAGGUGUUCAUGGAACAUUUGCCGGAAACAACACAACCCAUAUCGAGGCUGGUGAACGUGAUAGCUCUAUUGAGGUGGAACUUCAAGAGCGCAUGAGUAUGAGUCCAAGCGGGAUCGUGAGGACCGUUGAGACGACGGUUGCGACUUCACCUGCUCAGAUUCACGACUAUCGUCGUUCAGACAGCAUAACAAGCUCAACGGCAGGAUUGGCCUUUUAG